GAGGACGAAGGAGUUUGAAUAUGUAAAUAAUAAACAUCAGUUCACUUUCACCGCCAACAAGUUCGCGCCAGUACGAGGGCAACCGAGGUUGCCCGGUUCUGUGUCAAUAAUUGUUUUACACUUCAUCUUACGCAGAGGUUAAAACAACCAGCUUACAACAUGCAUCACGAUACGGCUGAUGACGUAAUGAACGGAGGCAGUGCUGUGGCAGUGUGCCACUGGAACCCUAGUGAUCUUAUCGAUGGCCAAGGAGUGUUCGAUGACCUUGCAGUUGUGCUGUUAAACCGUCCGAUUCUGUUGGAUAAGCACUACUUUACGACCCUCUGGAAUGGCGCCCGAGUACGCAUCGCAGUGGAUGGAGGAACGAACCGUUGGGUUGACUUCGUGAAGGAUACCAUCAACGGUGCACACAAACUUAAGCCCCCAGAUCUAGUAACUGGAGAUUUCGACUCGUGCAACCAGGAGGCCAUGACUUACGUGAAACAACUGAAAUGCACGAUAAUAGCCACACCGGAUCAAAACGCAACCGAUUUCACGAAAUCCCUCAAUGUGCUUCAAUCGCACGGCUUCAUCGACGGGGAAAUUACACGCGUUCUGGCAUUAUGUGAAUCUUCCGGUCGUCUCGAUCAGAUUAUGGCCAAUAUCAACACCCUGUUCCUUUCGCAAACCAUCCUACCCGGAGUACCGGUAUUUUUGCGGUCCAGCAACUCACUAUCUUGGUUACUGCACCCAGGCGAACACACGAUCGACAUUCCGCCACGGUUGGUGAGCGACAAGAUUUGGUGCUCGCUAAUACCGAUCGGACACAGCUGUUGCUGCACCACGGAGGGUCUCAAAUGGAACCUGGACCACCGGACGAUGCAGUUUGGCUCGCUCGUCAGCACAUCCAACACGUACUCUAGCGAGCGCGUGAAGGUCGUAAACGAUCAUCCCGUCCUGUGGUCGAUGGGCACAACUCCGAAGGAUAUGUGACUCCCUUGUUUCCACCAAACUCGAGCUCCAUUCGAGCCACAUCUUGGUGAAAUGUGAAUAAGGUGCUUUCACAGUACUUUCAGACAGAUCGUCAUGUCGACAUAGCUGCCAUUCGCACGUUAAAAAGAAAGCAAACGCGGGCCGUUCCAACCGAUCGAUGAAACGAUCGCGAUAAACGAGGACUGAACGAAGGUGUUGGUGUACCGGGUGUGUGUUCCCGUUAAAUGGUUUCCUUUAAGGAUUUUUUUAGUUUUGUGUCGUAGCAUUUAAUGCGCCUAGUGCCUGUUGUAGAGUAACUAGUUUUCAGGGAGAAACUGUUGGGAUCUUGUACAUGUUGUAAACUACAUUACAAUAUACGUAGCAAAUAACUAU